GAAAGGCCUGGUAGACCUCCCUGUGGAGAUGUUGACUGACCACAGAUGCGCUUAUGAGUUCAGGGGAUAGGUCUAGGCUGAAGAUGGAAAUUUGGGAGUUGAAGGCUUGUGGAUAGUAUUUAAAGCCACAAGAUUGGAUGACAUCACCAGGGAAGUGAGUACAAACAGAGGAGAGAGGCCCCCUCCCGACUGGGAGAAGAGGAAGAACCAGUGAGGGAAACCAGGAGGGGUGAGCACAGGAGGAGGAGGACUAGGGUUGAAAUAUGCUCGACGUGAUCCAGAAGGCGACUGCGAUGGAAACUGGGAAUGCACCUCCCACGGGAAGCCCAGUCAGCUUGCUGGCUGGGAAGUCACAGCUACACCACAGCACCCAGGCCAAGUAUCUCCCUGCCCAAAUUAAUUAUUUUUCACGAUGAAUGAGUAAGUGAGACCUGACAUCUGAAUAAGGAGACGUGGGGAAGAGGAAAAAAUUUGAGCCCUUUUCUCACUUGACACCAGGGAAGCCGGGCUUCCAGCCCCCUCCUUUCCCAGGACCCAGGGGUCCUGACUCCCCAGCCCACGGCCAAGGAGCCAAGGCCCCCAGCAUCCCCUUUGACAAGCACCCAGAAGUCCAGGGCUCCAAUCUCCUCCUCUCCCAGGGGUGCUGAGUAUCUGGCACCCCAGGGCCCUUCUCCCUCAAACCACAGAUGGGGCCCCCACUCCCUCUUUCCGCGGAGACUCAGGAGCCCCGCCCACCGGCUCGGCCCCGCCCCUUCAGUGCCUGGGUCUGUGAAGCGCGGCGCGGGGACUCCCCCGCCUGUGGGCGGGGCCCUACCCAGGACCGGGCGGUGCCAGAACCCCAGUUUAAAAACUCGCGGGGCACCGGACCCAAGAUCGGGGACCCGGCGGCGGCUCCGCGGGAGAACAGCGAGGCUGGCGCAGCGCCGAGGCCGGGGCCCUGGGGGCCCACAUUCCACGCCACGGAAUCCCCGAGGUAAUGAAUGGGUUGCGGGAAGGUGAGGCACGCCCGGUCCUUUAACGGGGUGAGGGGCUGGGGUCGGACUCUCGAGUCCCUAGGGGACGGCGCUGGAGCAUCAAAAUCCUGGGUCCGGUGGCUUAGAGGGGCAGGGUGCUCGGACUCCUGGGUCGUGCCGGAGGAGGGGGCUGGGAUCCUGGAUCUUGGGUCCUUGGAGAGGAGGCUGGGGACCCGGAAGCCUGGCCCGUGGGGGUCCGCGGAGGCUGGCCGCCGCUAGCUGGGGCUGCAUCCGUCAGUCCUCGGGGGCGUGGUUGUUUGAAACCAGCCACUGGGCUCCUGGGGGAAGGUCAGGCCCCCGCAGCAGGGGUCCUCGCUGGCUGCGGCCCGCCCCCGCCCCCGGACUUCCCGGGUCGCCACCCGCCCAGGGUCCCUGGGGCUGGCCAGGAAUUCCCCGUGCGCGGGGAUUCCGUGAACGCCACACUUGGCCGCGCGCCCCGCCUCCGAGCCGGACACCUGGGGCGCGAGACGCGGAAGGGAAGGGAGGGAUGGAAGAUUCCUUUGCGUGAGCGCCGUGACGUCAGCGCGUCGCGUCCGGGCUGUUUCGGAGCCUGCGCUGCACGACUUAACCCUUGCUCCACCGGGCGGAAGGUGAGCCGGAAUGAGCGCAGUCACUGCCCGUCCCAGACGGUGAAGAAACUUCUGGAAGAGCAGAGGCGCCGGCAGCAGCAGCCUGACGCUGGUGGGGCACCGGGACAGUUCCCGCAGCCCCUGCCCCAGCCCCUGUCUGUGAAUGAGGGUGAGGCUGGGCCCCCUGGAUACCCGGCUCUAUGCAGAACCAUCCCUGCCACAGGUGGGAACCUGGAGAGGUUCUGGACUCCCCUCCGGACCCCCACAGUUGCCCCCUGCAGCUACUGGACCAUCCCUGGAAACAGCUCGGGCUCACAUGCUAGCCUUGGGGCCACAACAGCUGCUGGCCCAGGAUGAGGAGGGGGACACGCUCCUGCACCUGUUUGCGGCUAGGGGGCUGCGCUGGGCAGCAUAUGCUGCAGCUGAGGUGCUCCAGGCAUGCAGACAUCUGGAUAUCCGUGAGCAUAAGGGCAAGACCCCUCUCCUGGUGGCUGCUGCUGCCAACCAGCCCCUGAUCGUGGAAGAUCUGCUGAACCUGGGAGCGGAGCCCAAUGCCACGGACCAUCAGGGACGAUCUGUUUUGCACGUGGCUGCUACCUACGGGCUCCCAGGAGUCCUCUCGGCCGUGUUUAACUCAGGGGUCCGGGUUGAUCUGGAAGCCAGAGACUUCGAGGGCCUGACCCCCCUCCACACAGCCAUUCUGGCCGUCAACGUUGCCACGUGCCCAUCCGACCUAUGCCCCCGGCUGCUGAGUGCCCAGGCCCGGGACAGGCUGGCUUGUGUCCAUAUGUUGCUGCACAUGGGUGCUGAUCACACCAGCCAGGAGAUCAAGAGCAACAAGACGGUUCUGCACUUGGCCGUGCAGGCCGCCAACCCCACCCUGGUACAGCUGCUACUGGAGCUCCCACGGGGAGAUCUGCGAGCCUUUGUCAACAUGAAGGCCCACGGGAACACAGCCCUGCACAUGGCAGCUGCCUUGCCCCCUGGGCCACCCCAGGAGGUGAUCGUGCGGCGCCUGUUGGCAGCUGGGGCAGACCCAACCCUGCGCAACCUGGAGAAUGAGCAGCCUGUCCACCUGCUGCGGCCAGGGCCGGGCCCCGAGGGGCUCCGGCAGCUGUUGAAGAGGAGCCGCGUGGCAACCCCAGCCCUGUCCUCUUAGGACUCGAAUCCAGAACCUGGACUGAUUUUUCCAGUCCCCACCGUCCUGUGGGACAGCCAGCGUAUGCUAAUGUUGCAAAUCCGUGAUAGUAUAUGCGGAAUUUCCCGCCAUUUGGGGUCUUACAUUAAAACCCCAGAAUGGCUGCUGGGGGGUGCACAGUCCCCAAUAUUUGGGGUAUUGUGAUACCCCUCCCCCACCCACAAGGAGCCCCUUUGAUGAUUUCUGUGAAAUCGAGGCCCCUUGAUUGUUUCUGUGAAACACCUUGGAACCCUAACCUUUUCCCCACCGGAUCUUUCGGGGUCCCCUCCCCCAACUCAGCUCUUGACACCUGAAACCCUAUAGUCCUCCUCCAUGGUGCUUAGGGCACCUCAAAACCACCCCAAAUACCACCCCAGCAGGGCUCCUAAAAUGGCCCCCAGCCCUCCCCAGGACUCACACCUUUCAGGUUCUAAGCCCUGAAACAUAGGAAGGACUCUCCGAUUAGAGUCCCCUUUCAGAUUCAGAACUCAACUGGAUCACUGUCCCAGGCCUCAGCAUUUCCACUGACUCCAUUCCUAAUCCGAGCUUCCUUGAAACUCUUUAUUAAACUCAAUUUGGUCUAGA